UUUUGACUUCAUUCAUGCUUGCCGCCCUCACACCACAGCGUGGAAUUCGUCCUCCAAGUCAUGCCAUGAUGUCGGUUCCCCGCGAGCGGCUGUUGCAGCUCCUGCAGACGCGAUGUCGAAUCUUUUCCACGACCUACAAUCCCGAGGGCGUUCGCACCGGCAAUAAGAUCUUGCGACAGAGGCUAAAAGGUCCAGCGCUUGCGGCCUACUACCCACGGAGGAUGGUCGAUCUGAAGGACCUUAAGAAGGAGUUCGGACCAGUACUGGAAUUCGUGGACGAGGAUGAAGACGACCGACAAGAAUCUCUCGCUUUCUUGAAAGCCCGUGGGAAAGGCGCACCGAAGAAGAAGAAUGGGCCACCAGAUGCCAAAGGAAAGAAGAAGUAGGACAGAAGGUUGGCAGGACACCGACACAUGUACAAUGCCAGACAAUAUUUCAAUACACCCGCAGCAUCCCAGGGGACUUGACCCAUCCGAAAGCGAAGCCAUAUCAGGAGCACACAUGUCUAUGGAACUUUUCCACGGCCCGCUCUCUCUGAAUCUGGCCCUGACGGGACAGGCGGGCGAUACAAUGCGAACGACCUUCAAGAUGUGAUGGGUGUCUUUUUUUCUGGUUCGAUCAUCGCAUCGCCAAUAUUUUUCAGUGAUAUGCAUGGAUCACCUGCCUCAGGAAAACCUUGGAUACUGUUGAUGCAAUCCGAAGACGGUGAAUGGUAGGUGGGCUCUGGGCCAAAACCAUGUUCCCAGGAGUGGGAUCAAGGAACCUGUUUUGACCGCUCAACGUUUGAAAGAGAAAAAUGAAGCUUAGACCAUCGCCAACAAGGUCUGGUAUACGAUGGUAAACUCAACUGGUGUUGCGAGUUGAACAACAAGCUGAAAGGAGGUGUUCUGGCCAUUCUCACCGCUUCCUUGUGUCUUAUAGCCCCCUCCCUAAUGGGCCUGCCUCAUUUUGGACCCUCUGGGCAUCCGCAAUACGGUAUUUUAAUAGGCAGGUGCUCCCAAUUCUGGAGUACUUACGUACCUAGGUACCUAGGUGGUGAAUAUGUUGACCUUAACCUUUGGGCUUUCUGGUCUACAACAGCUCUUAUCUAUGACCUUUGCAUGCGGGCUGGACUUUCACUUGCCC